GCCUUCCGGGGGCGGGCCCUCGGGGCCGCGGCGCGUGGGUGAGGAAGGUCAGGUCCAGAUACUCUUGCUCCUUGCUGCCCAAGAAAUGUCUUCGCUUUCAGAAUAUGCCUUGCGCAUGACUCGGCUGAGUGCCCGGCUGUUUGGAGAAGUUGCCAGGCCCACUGACUCCAAGUCUAUGAAAGUGGUGAAACUGUUCAGUGAGCAGCCGCUGGCCAAGAGGAAGGAGACUUACGACUGGUAUCCCAAUCACAACACGUACUUUGCGCUCAUGGGGAUCCUCCGUUUUCAUGGCCUCUACAGAGAUGAGCACCAAGAUUUUAAGGAGGAGCAAGUACGUCUGAAGAAGCUUCGUGGGAAGGGGAAACCCAGGAAAGGAGAAGGGAAGAGAGCCACAAAGAAGAAGUAGUGCUGGCCUUGGAGAGAGAGCCGCUCAGCGACGGGGAGGAGAGCGUGUGUGUCUGCACGCGCUGCCUCGUUCCCCACGAGCUCAGCUGGAGGAACACGGUCCCCUCCAUGCCCACGUCUGACCCAGGGAAGCCCUCUAAUUCUGCAGAGUUCCUCGGUGUUGGUUUUACAAUCUCAUGUUCACCUAAUGAAAUGGAUGUAUAAAUUACUGUCUGAUGACUUGUUUGGGGCGGGAGUAGGGGGAAGCCUCCUUGAGUGUCAGAGUUUCCUCCUCACUCUUCCUGCCGCCCCACCAACGUAACCCUGACUUCUUUCCUCUCUGGCCAUUCGGCCGCUGUCUCCACCUCCAAGCCCACAAACUCUGCCUCUCCACCUACUCCUCUGAGAAUAUAAGAAAUGGUGGAUUAAAACACCUGAAAGAGUGUUGACUACCUGUUUACUGUGCAGUGGUUAACAAGAGAAGCAAUCCUUAUCUCAUAGAACUUUCAAUCCUAUGGAAGAGACUACUACUUAAUUCAAUUACUACUAUUACUUACAAUUGUAUUAAAUGCUACAAAAGAAAAAGCCAGACUCAGGCCAGCGCCUGCCAUGCCAGCAUCCCAUGUGGGUGCUGGUUCGAGUCCUGGCUGCUCCACUUCCGAUCCAGCUCUCUGCUACGGCCUGGGAAGGCAGUGGAGGAUAGCCCAGGUCCUUGGGCCCCUGCACCCACAUGGGGAACGGGGGAAGCUCCUGGCUUCUGGCUUUGGAUUGGUGCAGCUCCUGUUGCGGCCAUUUGGGGAAUGAGCAAGUGGAUGGAAGACACCUCUCUCUCUCUUUCUCUCUCUCUCUCUCUCUCUCCCUCCC